AUGCAUUCCUCAGGAUUUAUCGCCGUCCUGAUGGCGACGGUCGUCUCCGCCCACAGCAUCAUUAGCUACCCCGGAUGGCGAGGCAACAACCUGAUCACCAACGAGACCUUCCCCUUCGGCAUGCAAUGGAUGUAUCCUUGCGGCGGUAUUGGCACCACGACCAAUAGGACAUACUGGCCGACGACAGGUGGCGCCGUUGCUUUCCAACCAGGCUGGUUCCGCGGCCACGAGACAGCAAUCGUGCACAUCAACCUUGGCUUCGGCACCGACGGUCCUGACGAUGGCCCCGUCGACAUGUCCAACCCCAUGCUCCCGGCGGUUCAGAUCCUCGGACCCACCAACGGACCUUACCCGGGCACCGUCUGCUUCCCGCAGGUGCCCCUGCCCAAGAACGCAAACGUCAAGGCCGGCGACAAGGCGACGAUUCAGGUUGUCGAGCUCGCCGUGCACGGCGCGGCUCUGUACUCGUGCGUCGACAUUGAGUUCGCUGAGCCCGGAGACGAGAAGAUCGAGCAGGUGACCGAGGAGAACUGCUUCAACUCGACAGAGCUGGGCUUUGCUGAGCUGUACACUAUUGCGACGGUGAACCCUAGGACGGGCAAGCGGUUCGAUGACGACAACGCUGCUGCUGGUCGAUCGGCAGCACUGGGGUCGCUUCCUUUGCUGAUGUUAUUGGGGUGGGCAUUGCUUUGA